UUAGAAGAAGAAGUUUUAGCACUCGAGAAUAAGCUUGACGAACGUAACGUAUCAGACAUAGUGAAAGAAAACAUACGGACUGAACUCAGAAUUAAGAAACAGCUAAUAGAAGAAAUAAUCGCCUACAAAACUCAAGGGGCUAUUCUUAGAUCAAAAGUGAAAUGGUAUAAUGAAGGAGAAAAGAAUACAAAAUAUUUCCAUAAUCUGGAGAAGCGGCACUUUAAUAAUAAAACCAUUAGGUACCUCCAAAGCGCAAAUGGAAAGAAGUUUUCGACGGACGAAGAGAUUCUAGACGAAGCAAAAAACUACUAUGAGCAUCUUUACACGACUACAAGUGUUGAUGUCAGUGAUUAUGAUAAUCUUUUUUUCCCUGAGGUUACUGAAACAAAGCUAGGUAAUAAUCAAAAAGAAUCUUGCGAAGGCCUACUGUCAGCAACGGAAUGCUUAGAGAGUCUAAAAACAAUGGAAUCGGGUAAAUCGCCUGGGACGGACGGUUUUCCAGCAGAAUUUUAUAAAGUUUUUUGGGACGAUUUGUCUACCUUUUUACUCGCCGCUUUAAACUCGUCUUUUACCCAGGGUCACCUUUCCAUCUCGCAGCGCAGGGGAUUGAUAACCCUGAUACCAAAGAAAGACAAACCGCUACAGCAUCUAAAAAACUGGAGACCUAUAAG